CAUAGCACUGUAUCUUCUCUAUGACUUCAGAUCCGGCACAAACCUGAAACUGAUCCAUUUUAGACCCAUUUAGAUCUGCACCGAAACAGAUUUCAAUGUGGCCCAGGUUAACAAAUUAACAAAGAGCAUUGUUACAUCUAUCCCUGAGUUGGUGCAGGUGCAGAUAUUAUUUUUAAUGUCUGGCUUAAAAUUGUCAAAAGUAUGUUUUUACUAAACAAAAUUAUGACACUUGUCACACUUGUCAAACCUAGAGGGAGAACUUACGCAGUGUCAGCAUGGAGUGUGAUUUGUGGCUCACAGUUCUUCAACCUCAGCUACAUCUCUCCAGUUCAUGAUUGGUCUCAACUAGAGAUGUGUGCUGGACUAUUUUUUUUAAUCCCACUCAGCAGUUAUUACUUUUGUUUGUAAAUGCCCUCGAUACUUUCCCAUAAUAUAACCCUACUAGUAGCUUGAUUUAAACUGAGCAGGCAGUUACUAAGGAUGAAUAAUUGAACGCUCUAAAUGCAUCGUACAGCGCUGCACAGCGUUCUUAUUUAUGAAUCUUGUCUUUGUUCGUUUUUUUGAAAACGUGGAGUUUUUAUUUGUCAUUUUUUUACAUUUUACCCAUUACUGACAAUUAAAUAAGGAAAAAAUACAAGAAAAACACCCAAGUGUUCAAUCAAAUCUUUGCAUUUAAGAAUUAAUGGAAUGGGAUUCUAGUGGACUCUAAAUGAAACACCUCAUUGAUGAGAGAGCAAGGAAGGUCAGAGGAGAACUGCCAGAUUGGUUCAAGCUGACAAGAUGGCUGCAGUAGUCAAAUAACCACUCUUUACGACCGUGGUGAGCAGAAAAGCAUCUCAGAAUACACAACUCGUCAAAACUUGAGGUCGAUGGGCUACAACAGCAGGAGACCACAUCAUGUUCCACUCCUGUCAGCCAAGAACAGGAAUGUUUCCACCUACAUUUCUGCUGCUCACUAGGUGUUUUGUUGUUGCUGCUGUUUUUUGUUGUUGUUGUGUGUGAAAAUCCCAGAUCAGCAGUUUCUGAAAUACAAAGAAAAUCCCUGAGAUCACAUUUAUUUCCUCAUUCUGAUAUUUGAUGUGAACAUGAACUGAAGUUCAUGACCUGUUUCUGUAUGACUUUAUGCAUUGUGCUGCUGCCACGUGAUUGUCUGAUUGGAUAAUUGCAUGAAUCAUCAGGUGUUUCUGUUAAAGUGGCCAAGGUUGUGCACUUAUUUGAGUGAUCCAGAUCAAACUUUAGUCACAAACUUUUUCAGUUCACUUACAGCUUUUUUUUUUUUUACUCAGAUUUUCUUUAAUGUUAACAAAAAAAGUGAAUGCAGGAUGUUCAAAAACAUCAUCAGACGCCGUGUCUCAUUCUGCCUGUCUGACUCUCACUCUUUCCUGUACUGUCAGAAGCACUUCCUGCUGCGUGACAGACACUCGUACACUUUGUUUCACUCCGUCUAUCAAGCAUGGCUAAUUUAUUCAAAACUCUGCGUGACACAGUGCCGUUUGUAACUUUUUCAAAGCAUGUAUAAACCAAAUGUUAACAGUAUAUAUAGAGAUGCUGCAUGUGUUUGCGUAUGAAAUUAGACGAGUGUGUGUGAUCAGGAAUAAAGGAAGAUGAUGCAGGUAAAGUGAACUAGUUACUAAAGUAGAAUUGUGUGUGUGCGUGUGAGACGCAAAGAUGCUGCUGCGUUUGACAAAGUUUUAUCUGUGACAGGAAGAGAGUGAGGCGUGACAGGAAGAAAAAAACGAAAGAGGCAGAAAAGACGGGUGUUGUGCAUGUGCACGCCGAAAUGCAGAGAGAGCAAUAAAAAAAAAACAAAAAAAAAAAUGAUAGCAGAGGAAAGAGUGAAUAUACAACUAUACAAGAGCCAUGGAUCAAAGGGGUGACACCAAAAUCGGCAUUUAACAUCUAAUAAACAUACAAUCACAUGAACACGUUCAGUAUAUACACUGGGAUGGAGAGGAGCUCACAAAUUCCUUGGCAGGACGACUGCUACAUGGUUCUUAAAUCCACACCAAAAUCAGGAACUCGCAAGAAGAUGGAGGAUGCUGGUUGGUUGCGUAAAAAUCAGAAAUCAUUGCAGCGUUUCAUCACUGACCCAUUACUGGUGGAUGUAGUCAAUCAAAUGAGGAAGUUAGAUGAGCUGAGUGCAGAAGGGGCGGGGAUUAUCAAGGAGGCGGGAUCUUUGGAGGAUAAAGUGCAUACAUUGAUUGAGCUGCUGUUCCGAGGUGAUCCACAGGGCACGGCCCUCCAGGAAUACUUGCUGAACUCGCAUCUGGAUGAGUACAACCUCAUAAUUCUGCAUGACUCUGUUGUUCAGCAACAUAAAGACAGGCUCCUCCAGCAAGUCAGAGAGGACAGUGAGAUUCUAUCCCACCAAGCACCCAAUCAAAACCCUGGCCCUGCCCUUUUACUGGUCGAUGGUGUGUCUGACCUGCAGCAGAGAGAGCAUGAUCUCAUUCAAGUGUCAGUCAACAGAGGAGUGGGACCUUUGCACAGUCGUCCACUGGGACUGGAUAAACUCUUCGCUCCGGUGACGAGGGUUAGCACCGCCCCUCGUGUCACACUGACAGUAGGUGUGGCUGGCAGUGGGAAAACCCGAUUGGUUCGCAAAUUCAUCCAUCAGUGGAGUUCCGGGAAGAUAUUCCCAGAGUUAAGCUUGGCAAUUCCUAUUGCGUGUUGGGAAUUGAGCAGUCUUGAUCGGUUGUCACUUGAGAGGUUGCUUCGAUUUAUUGUUCCCUAUGAUAAUGUUGAUGUGAUUUUGAACAGUCGUGUCUGUAAAGUGCUAUUGAUCUUUGAUGGGUUGGAAGAAUUCCGCUACCCUCUGGACUUCUCAGAGGCCCCAGCUACCUCAGAUCCACGUCGGGAGCUUCCAGUAUCCGAUCUCAUCACAAACAUCAUCAGGGGCAACCUGUUACCAGGGGCAUCACUGUGGCUUUUGUCAAGGCCUAGAGUUGGGGCAAAAGUACCUGCAGGAUUGGUGGAUCGUGUGACGGAAGUCCCACCUUUUUUGCAUGCUCAGAUUCAGGAUUACAUCAGAAAUGCACACUUGCCAGAGAACUCUUACACACAAGUCCAGCAGUCCACUCAGUCGGAUUCACAAACACAAUCAUCAAAGGACAAGUCUUGCCAGGCAUGGGCACACCUGAGAUCCCAGAAACCCUUGCUCAUUCUUUGUUCAGUGCCUUGCAUUUGUCGUAUUGUUACAACCACCUUGUCCCACCUUGUAGGGAUGGACUUGGAGGAUAUACAUCUCCCACGGACUCUGACAGCGGUAUAUGCCCUCUACUGUUGGCCACAUCUCUCUUCCACAGAUCCAUCCGGUGGAAGCAUCCGGAAGCCACUGGGCACUCUUGGACGGUUGGCCUUUUACAGUCUGCUGCGCCAACGUCAUACAUUUAUCGAGACCGAAUUACGAGCUUAUGGUGUUGACAUCCCACCACCACCAGGAUCUCUGGGACAUCGGAUCCUUCAACAUGAGCAGAGCUGGUCCUCUGAAUCAGUGUCAUGGCGGUUUGUACACACUUCUGUGCAGGAGUUUCUUGGCGCGCUCUUCUACUAUGUGUCCUCACGGCGUGGAAUGUUUGAUCUGUUCUCCGAGAGCAGCGUUUCAUGGCCACGAAUUGGCUUCCAAAACCACUAUCGUGCUGCACUCCAGAAAACUAGCGCCUCAACCAAUGGCAAACUUGACCUCUUCAUGCGCUUCCUCUCUGGCCUAUUGUCCUCAGCGGCCGGAGCUCUGCUGGGCGGGGCUUUGGGAGUAAGCCGAGAAGAGCAGGUGACCCAGCGCACAAUGGCGAUGACUCUGCUUCAAAAUACAGUGACAGGAUCAGCAGGCGAGGCAGUUAGCAUGCGUAGUGUAGCUAUGGUCGCAUGCCUGGCAGAGCUACAGCAGGGGGAGUGGAUACGCUCUGUGGAGGAGGAUCUGACUAGUUGCAGACUACGGGGGAAGCUUAAGGGUGGGGUUUGCGCAGUGCUGGCAUAUCUCCUGCAGGUGUCAGAGUCAUGUGCCAGUGAGACACACCUUUCAAACUGCCUAGACUCUGCCUCUCUCAAGCAACUUCUCCCACAGCUCUUGUAUUGCAGCAAGUUGAGGAUGGAAAAUAAUAAAUUUAAGGACGAUGCAAUGGAGCUCCUGGGAAGUUUGCUAAGUGCCAAAGACUGUCAUAUACAGUCACUAAGUAUGGCAGAUAGCUCGAUUAGCAGUAAGGGGAUCAAGCCACUCAGUCGAGCUCUUCUGGUCAAUCGGACUCUCACCAUACUGGAUCUCCAUGGCAACAACAUCGGCAGCAAAGGAGCAAAGACAUUGGCUGAGGCGCUGAAGAUGAACCAGGUUAUCGUUUCAGUCAACCUUCAAAGUAACCAGAUAGAGGACGAGGGAGCUUGCGCUCUGGCCGAGGUUUUGCACUCAAACAGGAAACUCACCACACUAAAUGUUCAGAAGAACAGUAUAGGCCCAGAGGGAGUGAAGAAAAUUGCAGAAGCGCUCAAAAAGAAUCAGAUAUUACAAGACCUCAAUGUAUCUGGCAAUCACUUGGGAGAUCUGGGUGCACUAGCAUUGGCUCAAGCACUUGCGGUCAACCAUACCCUCCAAACUCUCAGCCUCCGGAGUAACUCUGUUAGCGACAAGGGAAUGAAGGCUCUGACUCAGGCCCUGCGCUACAACAAAGGACUCACUAAACUCAACCUCAGGGAGAACUCCAUCGGAGUUGAAGGUGCUCAAGACAUUGCCCGAGCUUUACAAGAGAACCACACACUCAGGGAACUUGAUCUCACAGCUAAUCUUCUUCAUGAUGAAGGUGUGAAAGCCAUCGCAGCAGCAGUGAAAGUCAACAGAGCUCUGACUUCAUUGCAUCUCCAAUGGAACUUCAUGAAGGCCGGUGCAGCUAAAGCUCUAGCGCAGUCCCUACAGGACAACACAUUCAUCCAGCUCCUGGAUCUCCAGGAAAAUGCUCUGGGUGAUGAUGGUGUGGUCUCGCUGGCAGGCGCGCUAAAAGCUAACUCCACUCUCAUGGUGCUCUAUCUUCAGGGUGUAUCGGCGGGUGAAGCAGGUGCUGUGGCUCUGGCUGAAGCUCUGACGGUUAACCAAAGCCUCCACACACUCGAUCUCCGCGGUAAUUCCAUCGGCAUGGGCGGGGCCAAGGCUCUCUCCAGCGCUUUGAAGACCAAUCGGAGUUUGAGAAGUUUGAAUCUUCAGGAGAACUCUUUGGGAAUGGAUGGAGCCAUCUUCAUCGCCACUGCGCUCAGAGGAAAUCAUCAACUCACUUAUAUAAAUCUUCAGGGUAACGGAAUUGGCGAGUCGGGAGCGAAGGUCGUUUCGGAUGCUAUACGAGCUGAUGCGCCAGAGUGUGUGGUGGACAUCUGAUGAGCGCACACACUCACACACUCACUAAAGAUGCAAGCUGUACAAAUUAUAACCAUUUAUUUAAUUAUACAAAUGAUAUCAAUUAAUAUUUAUUAUUAUGGAUCAGUGACAAUCAGUUUUUUACUGUAUAAUAUUAUAUACUAUAUAAUAUUUUAUAUUGAGGUUUAUAUAAAAAAAAAAACGUUCAAUAAACAUUCCUGCCACCCAAGA